CCGCGCGCCGGCGGGGGUUCUGCUGCGGCUGGACGCGAGUGUAAGCUGUUGUGGGCCUCGCGGCCUGAGCGCGCGGAGCUAUGUUCUGCGAGAAAGCCAUCGAGCUCAUCCGGGAGCUUCACCGCGCCCCCGACGGGCAGCUCCCAGCCUUCAACGAUGACGGAAUCAGGCAAGUUCUGGAGGAGAUGAAAGCUUUGUAUGAACAGAACCAGUCUGAUGUAAAUGAGACGAAGUCAGAUGGACGAAGUGACUUAAUUCCAACAAUCAAAUUUCGACAUAGUUCUUUGCUGAGAAAUCGACGUUGCAUAGUUGCAUAUUUGUAUGAUCGAUUGCUUCGGAUUAGAGCUCUCAGGUGGGAAUAUGGCAGUGUCUUGCCAAACGCUCUGAGAUUUCACAUGUCAGCUGAAGAAAUAGAAUGGUUCAAUUGCUAUAAAAAGUCUCUUGCUACAUACAUGAGAUGUUUGGGUGGAGAGGAAGGAUUAGAUAUUACACAAGAUAUGAAACCCCCUAAAAGUCUGUACAUUGAGGUGCGGUGUCUAAAAGACUAUGGAGAGUUUGAAGUUGAUGAUGGGACUUCAGUUUUAUUGAAAAAAAACAGCCAGCAUUUCUUGCCAAGAUGGAAGUGUGAACAAUUAAUCAGACAAGGAGUCCUAGAACAUGUUCUGUCAUAAGUGUCCUGAAAACUUUGGGAAAACUUUUUUAGUGUAGUGUCGAACCCACUACAAAUGUCUCUCUGCCCUUCUCCCCUUCACUGUGAUCCUAAAAAUUAUAGAUGGGACCCUUUUUUGGGUAUAAUUUCCUCAUUUUUUUUUUUGACUCAUGAUGCCAAGAAAAAUGUUGGAGUUUUUUCCUUAAGAAUAAUGAUGUUUUGGGAAUGAGUUGUGACAGUGUUCUUUAUUGUUUGAGACAAAAAUAAAGUAAAACGUAAUUAGAUUUAUGUCCAAUUGAAAAGGAGCUUAAAUUGACAGCCUAGGCAAUCUAAUGUCAUUUCCUCAUAGCUCAUUGUCAGAAACGUAGUUGCAUCAGUAUUCCAUUGUAAACAAACUAAUAUUUAAAUUCCCCAGUAAUGUAGUUUUAGAACUCUUCAGGGACAGGAUUAACAUGGCACAUUUCUAUAAAAGAUAUGAGAUGAUUUUUUUCUUUUAAUUAUAUUCAGUUAACUUGCAAACAAAAUACAAAUUUAUAAGUUAUUAUUUUAAAGAAAAUGUCCAUAUUCAUGAUAGUCUAUCAUGUCAGGGUUAAUGCCCUGUCUUUUAGCACAAAGGUAAAAAUAUUAAAAUGUUGCCAAUUCUAAGAAAAGAAACCAAAGCUGAAACAGCAGAAGCUUGUGUCUCUUCUUCAGACUCAGGAUGUCAUGUGACUGAUGGCUAGAUCAUAGGACUGUAGAUUUCAUAUAACCCAGAGGAUCAGAGUGCUUUCUGUCCUGUCAACUAUUCUGUGGUUUGUCCUUCCCCACCCCACAAAUUGCAUACCUCAUGACCUUCCCACUUCACUUCAACCAAAAUCAGUCCCUGAAACCACUCUGUAGACAUACUGUCACGGAAACCCCUAUAAAACACUUUCAUAGCACCUAUGUGUGAAAUUCACAUUUAUUUUGUGUAAUAUGUAUACACGCACACAGUGAUUUAAGGUCAAUCCUUCACUCAAGACUGUGUGAGGUAAAUAAAAUGUGAAUACUUCACAGGGAAGGUAUGUAUAAAUAUAUAUAUCUAUAUCUAUACUAAGCAAGAAAUAGGAAAGUGAAAAAAAAAUUCUGAGGCCAUGAGAUGAUGGCUCAGCCUCUGGGAAAGUUUACCCUGAAACUUUUUGUUCUUUCUUCUGGUUCUGGUUUAAAGAUUUGCUCAGCAAGAACAGCGUCAUAAUGACCUGUUUUUCUCUACUGUAAAGAAUGGAGAGGGUCUCCCCCUCCCCUCUUCCUAUUCUCCUUCACUAGAUUUAUAGAUGUCACCUUAGUUGUAAUCAUUAACUAAGGGAAUGGAAAUUGGAGUUUCUGUGCCUCAAUUUCCCGGUUCUUUGUCUAGCUUUCAUGCUCAGAUUGUAAGCCCACCUCCCAGCCACUGGUGAGAAGGGUCAGAGGUGGGCGGGAAUUCUCUCGUGUUAGGUAUAAUUAUGAGUGCCUAGCCCCUUGUAAAGUGCCUCCCUUGCUGGAUUUGCUCUAGUGGGGGAUGCCCAAUUCUCGAGAAUUGAAUAAAAUUUAUUUCUGUUCCCACCCUG